CGGAGUUUGGGUCCGAUGCGCUUCAGCCCUCAAUCUGAAAACUUUCCUACUGUUUCCGAAGCUUCACGGGAGUCUACAGGGAUUUCCUCCUCCGAGAACUCCAGUCAGGCACUUACUUAGCCACCUAUUCACCCUUCAGGGGUCCUCGAGCUUCUGCCCGAAGCUAAUUAAGUGAUGGACGCAGUAGCCAAGGAGACCGGUGAUUGACAGGCACGAUUUACCAACCGACUCUGGAAACUCCAGUCUGUGUUUGCCCAACGCGUGGCCGGCAGUCCAAUUAAGAAAGUGGAAGCGCCAAAGGGGGCGGUCACGGGGCGGACUGGGUUGUGGUGGUUCCCGAGGAUUGUGCGCUGGAAGCUGAGGCGUCUGCGGGCAUCCGCACGAUGCCGUGACGCGGCAGCGCGGCAGAGUUGACCCCGCGAGCACAGCGCAGCCGGGGGAGUCCUCCGGUCCUGGAGGCGGCGCGGCGUGAAGGCGAAUCGCUGCUCGAGAGCUCUUCUCGCCAAGUCUUCGGUGGGUGGGGGAGGGGCGGCGGACGGCGAGCGGGCCGCCUGUGCGCUUGCGCGGGCACCUUUGCCGACCGGGGCUGCACGGGCGCGCAUGCUCAGAGCGCGCGGAGUCUCGUGGCCGCUGGCAUUGCGCAGGCGCCGCGAGAAGCCCGCUAAGGAGCGGCGCUGUCGGAGGUCGGGCGGGCAGGCGGUGACGUCGUGAGGAGAGCUUUAAAGUGCGGGCCGGGCAGGGCGUCUGAGGGUCUGACCCGGAGUCUGGCCGAGUCUUCGCCGAAGCCCGCUCUCCACGGCAUGAGGCGCUGCCGGCGCCCUUGCUUCUCGGGACGUGGAGAAGGUGGAGGAGGAAGACGCCUCGCUGUCGCUUGUGCUGCAUGACCGGCCGCUGCUGAGGUUCGACCCCUUCCCGGCUCCUCUACGCCCCCCCCCGCCACGCAUGGCGGCCUGGCACUGAGGGACCCCCCGCUUCCCUCUCGCCCCCCCCCCCCGGCGCGUCCCCUUAGAGCCAUGCCGGGCCGCCCCGGAGGACCCUAGAGUUGAGUUGCGGGGGCCAUGGCGGCCGCCAGCGGCUACACGGACCUGCGUGAGAAGCUCAAGUCCAUGACGUCCCGGGACAACUACAAGGCUGGCAGCCGGGAGGCCGCGGCGGCUGCAGCCGCCGCCGUGGCCGCUGCCGCAGCUGCUGCCGCCGCCGCCGAGCCGUACCCGGUGUCCGGGGCCACCAAACGGAAGUACCAGGAGGACUCGGACCCGGAGCGCAGCGACUACGAGGAGCAGCAGUUGCAGAAGGAGGAGGAGGCGCGCAAGGUGAAGAGCGGGAUCCGGCAGAUCCGUCUCUUCAGCCAGGACGAGUGCUCCAAGAUCGAGGCCCGCAUCGACGAGGUGGUGUCCCGCGCCGAGAAGGGCCUUUACAACGAGCACACCGUGGACCGGGCCCCCCUGCGCAACAAGUACUUCUUCGGCGAGGGCUACACCUACGGCGCCCAGCUGCAAAAGCGCGGGCCCGGCCAGGAGCGCCUCUACCCGCCGGGCGACGUCGAUGAGAUCCCCGAGUGGGUGCAUCAGCUGGUGAUCCAGAAGCUGGUGGAGCACCGCGUCAUCCCCGAGGGCUUCGUCAACAGCGCCGUCAUCAACGACUACCAGCCUGGCGGCUGCAUCGUCUCCCACGUCGACCCCAUCCACAUCUUUGAGCGCCCGAUCGUGUCCGUGUCUUUCUUUAGCGACUCGGCCCUUUGCUUCGGCUGCAAGUUCCAGUUCAAGCCCAUCCGGGUGUCGGAACCUGUGCUUUCUCUGCCGGUGCGCAGGGGGAGCGUGACUGUGCUCAGUGGGUAUGCUGCUGAUGAAAUCACUCACUGCAUACGGCCUCAGGACAUUAAAGAACGCCGAGCGGUCAUCAUUCUCAGGAAGACAAGAUUAGAUGCACCGCGUUUGGAAACAAAAUCCCUGAGCAGCUCUACAUUGCCACCCAACUAUGCUUCAGAUCGCCUGUCAGGAAACAGCAGAGACCCUGCGCUGAAACCCAAAAGGUCCCACCGCAAGGCAGACCCUGAUGCGGCCCACAGACCCCGGAUCCUGGAGAUGGACAAAGAAGAAAACCGGCGGUCUGUGCUUCUGCCCACACACCGGCGGAGGGGUAGCUUUAGCUCUGAGAACUAUUGGCGCAAGUCCUAUGAGUCAUCGGAAGAUUGCCCAGAGGCAGCAGGCAGCCCCACCCGCAAGGUGAAGAUGCGGAGACACUGAGGCCCUGUGCCCACCUGGAACUCUGGCUAAUCCUGAUGUAGCUGCCCCAUCUUCUGUUUCGUUUGAGUGUUUUUUUUUUUUUUCUUUGUUGUUUGUUAUUUUGGUCCUAUAUACGUUUUCCUUGCUUUGUUGCCUAUUAAGGCUAAAGAACAGAAUUGGCGCAAGACCUGGGUUCUUAUGUUCUUGGCUUUUCUCCUUGAUGAAAAAGGCUGUUAGCUUCUGUAGGGGAACACUCAUACCAGAGUAGCCAGUGAGACAGUGGGGACAGCUGUCUUCAAGUGGAAAUGUGUCAGACUAGGUUUAUUUAAACACACAAAAUGUUUUGGUUAAGGAAUUCUUGUUUGGGCUUUACAUGUAAAUCUUUGCAGUGUUUUAAACAAAGGUGAUUCUUUUGCCAGCCCUUUUCUUCCACUGAUGCUCAUGCUUGGAUGAGGUCUCUUGGAGCCAUACAGGUCCUGCAUUGGGCCUGCUGCCCCUACAUCUCACCUGCUGUCCAGGUUCUGGAAGCUCAUGCAAAUACCCUGUUUUCCUCACUGUUCAGGUUGGCUGGAUAUGAGGCUUAAACAGUACCAGCCCCUGCCAUCCCAUUUCUGAGUCCCCAGGCUUCCUGCAUGCCCUCCAGCUUGCUCUGCCCACCAAUCCUAGGUGGUCAAGAGACUAGCACAGGGGUCCUGACCUCUUGCCUAGAGCAUACCUGUUUGCUGGGUUGCUCCUUUUAGGCAUAUGUGUGUGGUUGUAUGGGGCAGUUAGACUUGCUGCAGUGGGUCAUUUGUAGGAAUUGUUUCUAGCUAGAGGAACUGAUUUGCUUCCAGUCUAGCAUUUGGGUUAUGGGAACUUGGGGUGUGUGGUAGGGCUUUGUUUCUUUUGUUCUGAGGUGUUUCCCCUCCCGUUAGUCUCUUGGCUUUCUCCUUUUCUUUUCUCGUCAGUUGGACAUCUUGGUUCUUUUUUCCCCUAUAUCAUCUAUCUAAGAAGGUGUGUCUGUCCUCUCUUGUCCACGUAUAGCUUAUAUCCAAGGCCAGAAGUCAGACCUGCAUACUGGGUUGGUACUUUGUCUGCCUCAGGGGCAUGGGUGCUGAAGAAGGAACUUUGAAAUAAUAGAAAAUAAUAGAAAGUUAAAAUCUUUGACAGUUUCUGCCUGCUCGGAUCCUGGAAAGCUGUAGGGUUUUGCUGAUGCAGGUUCAUUAAGACUGCCUUUGGCAGCCAGACAAGGACUGAGCCUGCCAAAAACAGGCCUUCUGAGCAACCAUGCCACCACCACUCCAGAGGCGCACAGAGGCCUGACCUCGGGCCUCAAUGGCUGCAGAGAUGGAGAACAGCCAGCCAGCAGGAAAUCCUUCUUUGGGGUCAGAAUUCUUUUGCCAGUGUAGAGAGCCUUCAAGUUGAGACUGCAUAACUGAAGCAGUUGCAGGUCUUCUGUGGUUUUGGGGUGUUUUUGUUUUAUUUUUGUUUUUGUUUUGUUGUUUGUUUUUUUACUGCUCUUUUCCCCAAAAAGUGAUUUGUAGUUGUUUGUGCAGCACUUUGCCCUAAUAUGUGUGUGCUCUACAAUAAAAAACAAAUCUAAUAUAUUUUGAAAAAAUUGUCUGAUGCUGUGGUAAGAGAAAGUUUGACCUUGGUUUGUCCCUUAAUUUAUUUUCUUAACCUUCCAACUAAAUUUGGAGAAAUUGAAUUUAUUCCUUCCAGUACUCUGACAGUGGCUACUAAUAUUGUCCCUCUUGGUUCAUGGCUAAAGGUAGACUUGCCCUUACCCACUGCCUUCUCCCCUUCAAGGAGGGUGGUCUUCAUAAACCAUGGUGACCAGGGACACGCCUUGUUGAAUUCUAGAAACUACACCCUCUCCCUGGCCCAGUAGAGAGGCUGCAGACUAGUGCAGAUGCCACAAAUGGAGCUACUCUGGUAGAUGACAUGACAAUUCUUAUACUCAGUAGCCAGGUUCUUGAGCUCCCUAGCCGGAACCUUGGUAGACAAAACAGGAGAGGAUGAGGCUGGGCCUCAGUGGACUCCAGUCUAUUGGGAUCCCUAGUGAUGUAGAUCCCAAGGCGUUACCAGCUAUCUCUGUCUACCCAGCUCUGCUCCAGUGAUCUGAGCCACUUUGGUCAAAUUGCCAAUGUGGAAUCUUGGUCAAGCCAUUUCACUGCCCAUAGAAUGACUGACCAGGACUGGGGUGACAGUGGAACUGAGAGGAAAGCACCAAAUGUCAUCCCAACCAUGAUUUUGCAGAAGUGGUCCCACUCCAUGCUUGGGCACCUUGCCCUAGGGGCAAACGGGUGGGAGAGACUCAGCCUAGGGACCUCCUAGGUUUCAGUCUGUACUUGGAUAGUACCCCCAUCUGCAUGAAGUAAUAGCCUUAAGCAGGUUUCUCAAGUCCCACACCUGAUACUUUGAAUCUUGCCUGUUCAGUCAUGGCACUGGGCCAAGAGCUUUGGUCCAUCAGCCCCUGCCUGUCUCAGCCUUCCUGUUUGAUAAUACUUGCUCCAACAGUAACUGGUUCCAGCCCUAACCACCUAGGAACUCAUCCCAUUCCUCUAGCCCUGUUGCAUGGAGGAGGAAACAGGUCUAGAGAGUUCAGAAAAAUAAAGUAUCCUAUAGGCCAAGCUAGUGCAGGAGAGAAACCUGAAUAUGACAUGCUUAGGUGCAUAUAAGGUGUUCUAUGAUGUAUAAAUACAACAGCAGUAGAGCCCAUUAACUGUAAGUGUAAAUAACAUGUACAGUGUGCUUGUAAAUCUCUAUAGCUAUUGUUGCCCACAGAACACUUGGACAUUUUGUUGAAGUGUGGGAUUCAUUCAUGAUCUAUCUCUGGUUGUAAUUCAGAUACCAUGUGAAGGAGAUGCAUUUUAUGAGUUUGUCUUAGUUCUCUGUGGCUUCUAAAACAUUACUUCAAACUUAAGAGCUUAAAGCAACAGAAUUAGCUGGGUAUGGUGGUGCAUGCUUAUAAUUCCAGCAGAGGCUGGGGCAGAAGGAUUAAAAGUUCAAUGCCAACCUGGGCUAAAAAGCAAGACCUUGUCUCAAAAAGCAAAGUGGCUGGCUGAGCAUGGUGCUUGUCUAUAAUCCCAGCAGAAGCCAUAGGAAUAUUGCAAGCUUGAGGUCACUCUGGUCUUUACAGGGAGCAUGAGGGCAGCCGAAGCUACAUAGUGAGACCCUAUUUCAAAGCAACAGAAACAAACUGGUUCAUCCUCCCUCUGAGGCUCUGGUGGGAAACCAAUUCUUGCUGCUUGCAGCUUGGGAUGGCUCUAACCAGUCAAGAAGCAAGUUCUCUAGAUCCAUAGUCACAUGGCCUCUUUUGUAUGCUACAUACUUCUCAGUGCCUCUCUGCACCGCCUCCCCCAGUGUGUGUGUGUGUGUGUGUGUGUGUGUGUGUGUGUGUGUAUUUGUAUAGACAGGGUCUCUAGCCCAGUCUAGCCUUGAACUGGCAAUCCUGCCACUGCACACGUUUUUCUGUCCCUGUCUUAAUUGGGCAUUGUAAUUAGUUACAGGAACACCCACAUAAUCCACAGCUACAUGGCCUCCACUUUUUGUGGCAGUGCCAGGGAUUGGAACCCAGUGCCUCUCCAGUGCUAGACAAGGACUCUACCACUGAUCCACACAACUCCUUGUGGAAGUAAAUGUAUGCCUUCCAAGAGCUAGGACCUAACAGCCUUGGGGGCCACUGUGCAGCUUACCACCUGCUAUUUCUUCAAAAAUUGUUACAAAACUUGUGACCUGUUGAUCCCUCAAAAAAAUGUACCAAUUAGAUUAAAAUUUCUCAGCCUCAGCACUAUUUUAAAAUUGAAUCUGGAUCGUAAUAUUUACUCCAUUGCUUGCUUGCAUUUUUUUCUUUAGUGCUGGCCAUCGAACCUAGGGCCUUGUGAAUUCUAGGCCUUGUAAAAUGUUAACUAUGCUCCCAGCAGCUCAUUGCUUUCUUAAGUUUAGACCUAUGCUGUCCAAUCUGGAACUACUGGACUCUGCCUUCUGAGCACUUGAAAUGUGGCUAGUUUCAAAUGAGCUAUGCUUUAUACACACCAGAAACUGAAGUUAGUAUGUUAGUAUGAAAAAAAAAUGUAAAAUAUAUAAUUGAUAACUUUAUAUUGAUUACAUGUUGAAAUACUAUUUUGGACAUACUGAGUUGAAUAAAAUACAUUAUUUAAAUUAA